ACAAAAACAAUGUUUCAAAGACAAAUACGAACAAUAGGAAAUAAAUUAAACAAUGGCAUUAGGACCUUUUCAUCAAAACCAAACGCAAAAGUUACUUACCCCCGAAGAAUAUUCUCUGGUAUUCAACCCACAGGACAAAUUCACUUGGGUAAUUAUUUAGGAGCUAUUGCACAAUGGGUCAAGAUGCAGGAUAACAAUGAAGACAUGUUAAUUAGUAUCGUGGAUUUACAUUCUAUGACUUUACCACACGAUCCCAAGCAGUUGGAAAAAAAUAUACUUGAAAUGACAGCCACUUUAUUGGGUUGUGGGAUAGACCCAGAAAAGGUGACAUUAUUUCAGCAAUCUACAGUGCACCAACACACAGAGCUUUGUUGGAAUUUAGCUUGUGUUGCAACAAUGGCAAGGUUGGCUCACCUACCUUGCUAUAAAGAAAAGUCUGCCAGCUUAAGAGAUAUUCCUUUAGGAUUGUUUAUUUAUCCUGUGUUGCAAGCUGCAGAUAUACUUUUAUAUAAAUCAACUCAGGUCCCAGUAGGAGAAGACCAAAUUCAGCACAUAGAAUUGUGUCAGGAACUUUCAAGAAUGUUUAACAAUAAAUUUGGGCAAACUUUUCCUCAUCCUCAUGCUUUAAUUACUGGUGCAGAAUAUGCUAGAUUAAGAAGUCUUCGAGAUCCUAGUAAGAAAAUGUCCAAGUCAGAUCCUGACCCCAAAUCUAGGAUUUGUUUAUUGGAUAAACCAGACAAUAUUUUAAAUAAUAUAAAGAAAGCUGUAACAGAUUUUAAAUCUGAAGUAACAUAUGACCCUGCUGAAAGACUUGGGGUUUCAAAUUUAAUCAGUAUCCAUUCCUUUGUGACAAAUAAAAGUGUAGAGGACAUUGUUUUAGAAGCAAAUAAUUUAAAUACUGGACAGUAUAAACUGAUGGUAGCAGAUGCUGUUAUAUCACACUUUAAACCAAUUCAAGAUAAAAUUGCACAUCUUGUAGAAGACCCUCAAUAUUUAUUGGAUGUUUUAAAACAAGGCACUGAAAAAGCAUCUGUUAUUGCAGAAAAAACUACAGAAGAAGUUCGAAAUAAAUUAGGCAUCAAUCCUAGUAUAAAUAAUAUAGGUAAAAUUAAAAUAAACGCUUAAAAACAUGUUUAUCCUUUAGGUAUCUUUUUAUUAAAAAAUAUAUAUUAAC